AUGCCGCCGCGACAUGACGACCACGCCCAGGAUCCAUCGCCCGCUCCUCUGAUAUACUAUCCCGCCUACUGCUACCGAUCAUCACCAACAUGGUUCGCGUGGGUAAAGGUGACCUGCUUCGAAGUACACAACGUCCUCAAGUCAGGUCCUUCGCAUGCGCAAACAUACACGAGUGGACAAACCUCGCAUCCGACUUUGUUCUAUCUCAAUCACCCCAUCCAAUAUGUCCAGCUCAUCGGCGUUGUUGUUGCCAUCGAGGAAUACCACGAGCAUAUGUUUUUGAUCACGCUUGACGACUCCUCCGGUGACACGAUCGAUAUCGUGGUGCGCAAACCGCGGAAGCAGCUGGGCCAGAAUCCGAUGGUCCUCCGCGACGGCAUAGUUGCGACUGCAAAGCUCCCGGACCCAACGGCUUCGGAAGAACAGGCUGAAACACUGGCGCUCUUAUCGAUACUGUCGACACUGGAGAUCUCUUCUGUUGUCCAGGCGAAGGGCACUGUCUCAAUCGCCGAGCUCGCCAAGAUCGCCGCUCGUACUGCCUUUCACGCAACAGUUCUGUCCAAACCAUGGGUGCUGUCUCGCUCGAAGCAAGAGAAGCUCCUCAAGCUAGAACAAGGUGAUAGAUCGGAUCAGAGCAAGAACGACAAGAAGCGGAGAGAACGAAAACAGAAGUUGGAAGAGCGAGAGAAACGGCAUGCAGCUGUGAUCGUCAAAGAGUGGGUUGCAGAUGAGCAGGAUCGCGAGAGGGCAGCCGAGAAGGCAAGGCGAGAUGGAGCGAGGGUCAUGCAGAGGCGACUUGAUGUUGUUGCUACGGAAGACAAACCCCGACAAUGA